GUGCGUGACCAUGGAAGAGAUAUAUUUCACUGUGUCCGCUAUGUGUGCCGAGUCUGCUCCUCGCAAUAGAGUUGCAGCCUCGCACUUAAGAUCUUAACUCCACCAUCCGUGAUCGACUUCUUAGGACCCCAUAAUGGCCACAAAAAGAUGGAAAGACUUGCUCUUAACUGCAAUCUUCACUGGCAUUGCUGCCGCCGCUUCAUGUAGUGGCGGUGAUUGGGAUGUAAUCAUAGUUGGCUCCGGACCAGCAGGCCUCGUGUUAUCGGACCGCAUGAGUGAAGCGGGCAAGAAAACACUUCUCCUUGAGCAAGGCGGCCCAUCAUACUAUAUCACGGGUGGACGCAUGCGGCCAGACUGGUUGAACGGCACAGACCUAAGUCGCGUCGACGUACCGGGACUGUACAAAUCCAUCUUCUCGGUAACGGACGGAAACCUUAUAUGCGCACCAGACAUAGUCAAUGGAUAUCAAGGUUGCACAAUUGGCGGAAGUAGUGCAAUCAAUGCCGGUCUUUUCUUCCAGCCGCCAGCGAGCGACUGGAAUCUGUACUUUCCAGAAGGAUGGAAGAAUAUAGAUAUGCAGUGUGCAAUCGAGAAAGUGAGAGCAAAGCAGCCAAGUACUGACAACCCGUCACAAGAUGGGAAGCGAUAUUUGCAGAGUGGAUUUGAGGCAGCAAAGAAGUGGAUUGUUGAUGGUGCCGGUUAUAAAGAGGUGGGAUUGAACGAUGGACCUGAGAACCAUAAUAAGAGCAAAGUAUUUGGCCAUCCGGUGUUCAACUAUGAAGGUGGUCAGAGGAGUGGACCAGUAAAGACGUACUUGCAGUCUGCUCUUCAACGACCCAACUUUUCGAUCCAGACUGGUACCCGAGUCUUACGCGUCAUCCGAGACGGCGAAACUGCGACUGGCGUUGACAUCCAAAGCAGGGGCGCAAAUGGCACUUCUAGUAUUUGCAUAGCAGAGGGAGGGCAGGUCAUUCUCUCCGCCGGUGCGCUUCUCAGCCCUCAGCUGCUCAUGUGGUCUGGCAUUGGCGACCCCACUAUCUUGACUAAGCUCUCCGCAAGUGGACUCGUCAAUGUUCCCUCGCAGGACUGGGUCAAUAAUACCGCCGUCGGGGAUAAAGUAUUUGACAAUCCCAAUACUUUUAUCGAACUAUAUUCCGAGUCCAUCUCGUCUUACAAUUACAACUACAACAGCCCUGUACCUGGAGAUCGCGAUCUAUACCUACAAUCGCGCUCGGGUCCAUACUCUUUUGGCUCACAAACGGGUGCUUUCUGGGAUUUUGUCCAGCAGGGUGAUGACCUGGUGGGAUGUCAAGGCACAAUUGACUCUUCAGGAACUAUGGAUUAUACCAAAAACGGCACCAUCACACUCAACGUUUACGGUACAUCUGGGCUUCGCUCGUUCGGUCGUGUUAGUCUCGAUCCUAAGGGGAUUGCACUCCCAUCUUCGAACUUCUACUCCAACCCUCUUGAUGCUUCGGCAGUAGCUACCUUCAUCCACAAAAUUUUCCAGGCACUUCCACCGACACUGACGCCUUUAAAUAUCGCCAAAAACUCGACACUGGAGCAGCUGACUACGUGGAUUAGCACAUGGAGUCCAUAUACACUAGGUAAUGUGCAGCAUUGGAGUAGUAGCUGUAGGUUGGAGACGUGUGUGGACUCGAAUACGAAGGUGAUUGGCAUGCAGAAUUUGUUCGUGGUGGACGCGAGUAUCGUCGCGCCGUUGACGACAAACCCUGUCAUGGGCGUGAUGAUCGCGGCGGAGAGGGCAGCAGAGAGGAUAUUAGCUCUGAAAAAGUAAGCACGAGUAUAUGAGUAGGUUGUAAUGAAACCCCU